CCCCAACACUCCCAUUCCUCAACCAACCAUGGCUUCUCUCCUCUCCUCCUCUCUCUCCCCUUACUACCACCUCCUCUUCGCCGCCCUCGCCUUCCUCCUCUCCGCCCUCCUCCUCGCCUUCUCCCGCUCCUCCUCCUCCAAAAAGCUCCGCCUCCCCCCGGGCCCCCCGGGCUACCCCGUCGUCGGCAACCUCCUCCAAGUCGCCCGCUCCGGCAAGCCCUUCUUCCAAUACGUCCGCGAAUUAAUCCCCAAAUACGGCCCCAUCAUAACCCUCCAUAUGGGAACCCGAACAAUGAUCAUCCUCAGCGAUGCUGAUUUAGUGCACGAGGCAUUAAACUCCAAGGGCCAGCUCUUCGCCUCCCGCCCCCGCGAGAAUCCCACCCGCGCCAUCUUCAGCUGCGACAAAUUCACCGUCAACGCCGCCGUCUACGGCGGCGUCUGGCGCUCCCUCCGCCGCAACAUGGUGCAGAACAUGCUCAGCGCCACGAGAUUGAAGGAAUUCAAAUCCGCACGUGAAUUGGCCAUGGAUCGGCUGAUUGAUCGGUUGAAGUCCGAGGCGGCGGAGAACGGCGGGGCGGUUUGGGUUCUCCGGAAUGCUAGAUUUGCUGUUUUCUGCAUUUUACUAUCAAUGUGCUUUGGAGUUGAAAUGGAUGAGGAAUUGAUUGAGAAAAUCGAUGAUCUGAUGAAGGCGGUGUUGAUUGUUCUCGAUCCGAGAUUGGAUGAUUAUCUUCCCAUCCUGAGCCCUUUCUUCUCGAAGCAGAGGAAAAGGGUCUGGGAGGUUCGCAACGACCAGAUCCAGACCCUAGUCCCUCUGAUCGAGAAGCGGCGUCGCGCGGUCAGAGACCGCGCGACGGCCACGGCCGGCAUGGCCUCGUUUUCUUAUCUUGACACUCUCUUUGAUUUGAGCAUCGAAGGGAGGAAGUCGACCCCGAGCGACGCGGAGAUCGUGACGCUGUGCUCGGAGUUUCUGAACGGCGGGACCGACACGACGGCGGCCGCGAUCGAGUGGGCGGUGGCGCGGAUGAUCGAGAAUCCGUCGAUCCAGACGCGCCUCCGCGACGAGAUCCGGGCGACGGUCGGGGACCGGAAGGUCGACGAGAAGGACGUGGAGAGGAUGCCGUACCUGAACGCCGUCGUGAAGGAGCUCCUGCGGAAGCACCCGCCGACUUACUUUAGUUUGACCCACGCGGUGACCGAGCCCGCGAAAUUGGCGGGUUACGAUAUACCGACGGAUGCGAAUGUGGAGAUUUUCUUACCCGGUAUUUCGGAUGACCCGAAAUUGUGGGUCAACCCGGAGAAGUUUGACCCGGACCGGUUUUUUGAGGGGCGGGAGGAGGCGGAUAUAACCGGGGUGAAGGGGGUUAAGAUGAUACCGUUUGGGAUGGGUCGGAGGAUUUGCCCCGGUUUGAAUAUGGCGACCGUGCACGUGCAUUUGAUGCUGGCCCGGAUGGUCCAGGAAUUCGGGUGGGCGGGUUAUCCGGAUUCGGGGAAAGUGGAUUUUAGCGAGAAGUUGGAGUUUACGGUGGUGAUGAAGAAUAGUUUGAGGGCUAAGAUCACUCCGAUGGCAUGAUGGUCUUGGUCCUUAACGGCGAUCGGCGGCUGGCUUGCUCGGCGAUCAAAGUCACUCCCGGCGUCCUGCUGCAACAGGAUCAACGGCGGUUCUAGUUGAGGCUGUGCGCGGAUGUUCUCCGUCGGGCAGCGGCAAACUAGGGUUAGAAAUAUGUUCGUUCUUUUGUGGGCAGAAUAACGUAAUUUUCAUUGAUGAUAAAGUUUAUGAACAUAGCCCUAUUUAUAUACUAAGGACCCUAGGGUUGGUUUGACUCCUAAUCCUAGUUCAUCUCGAGAAAGAACCAACAAAGAAAACCCGAAACAGAGCUUAUAAUUACGCUCGACUCUUCAAUGUAAUUGAAUAAUAAAAAUAACUAAUAUCCAAAAAUAAGAAAUAAAUAAAAGGAAAGAAA